AUGCUUGUGGAAAUAGUGAUAUUUUUACUCACUUUUGUGUUGGCAUAUUUCUAUUACACUUAUUAUAGGAUUCAUAAGUUCUUACGGCAGAAAGGUGUGAAGUUCAUACCCGGUCUCCCGGUGUACGGGAAUGCGUUGGAGUCGAUGAACAAUAGGAAACAUGUUAUCGAUGAAAUUGUUGAGAUCUACAAUGCUUUUCCUAAUGAAAGAUAUGUCGCGUACAUCGAAGCAUCCACCCCGAUUAUCCUGAUUCGCGAUCCAGAAUUGAUCAAAGCAAUAACCGUCAAAAAUUUCGAUUAUUUCGUGGACCAUAGACAGUUUUUCCCCGAAGUGGACAUAUUCGGGAUGAGUGUGUUUGGAAUGAAAGGUGACAGAUGGAGAGACAUGAGAACAACUUUGAGUCCAGCUUUCACUGGGUCUAAAAUGAGAUUGAUGCUACCAUCCUUGGUGGAGGUAGCCGGCUAUACAGUGGACUACCUGAAAGGUAAGGUAAAUUUGAUGAUUCUAGAGCAUGCUGGCGAAGAAAUUAACGUAGACGACCUCAUACGACGCUACACUAAUGACGUCAUCGCAUCCGUUGCUUUUGGCCUUCAGGUCAACUCUUACAAGGACAAAGACAACGAGUUCUUCCGCGUUGGUCGGGAUUUAUUUAAGUUCACAUAUUGGCAGUAUUGUGUCAUGUUUUUGUAUGCGCAAGCACCAUUUAUCGCAAAGAUGCUUCGAUUAAAAAUGUUUACAGGAAAGGGUGUUACAUUUCUCCGCGAAAUUGUUGUGAGCACAAUGGAAUACAGGGAAAAAAAUAACGUGGAGAGACCCGACAUGAUACAGCUGCUGAUGGAGGCAUCAAAAGGUACUCUUAAAGCAAGUCAAGUAAACAAUGAAGACAAUGUCGGCUUCGCUGCUGUCGAAGAAGAACUAAAACCUCAAGGCCAAACAAGGAAGUGGGAGAUGGAUGAUCUUGUCGCCCAAGUAUUUUUGUUCUUCACUGCUGGUUUUGAAACUACAGCUUCCUCUUUAGUUCUUUGUAUUCAUGAGUUGGCAUUAAAUGUUGAGAUACAAGAAAAAUUAUACGAAGAAAUUAAAAUUUUUAAGAAUACAAACGAUCUGACUUAUGAGAGCAUUGGAAAACUGAAGUAUUUGGACUGUGUUUUGAAUGAAACCCUCAGAAAAUGGAGUGCGGCCAUAAUAAUGGAUAGAGAAUGUAUCAAACCUUAUGAACUACCACCACCACAUGAAGGUGGGAAGCCUUAUCGACUUAAUCCCGGUGAUUUGGUGUACAAUAUGGUUAAUGCCAUUCAUCUUGAUUCAAAGUACUAUCCAGAACCGAUGAAAUUCAAUCCAGAGAGAUUCUCCGAUGAAAAUAAGCAUAACAUAGCACCGUUUACUUUCAUGCCUUUUGGAAUGGGACCUAGAAAUUGUAUUGGGUCUAGAUUAGCUUUGAUGGAGUUUAAGGUGCUUUUAUUCAAUCUGAUCUUGAACUUUAAGAUAGUGAAGACUGAGAACACUAGCACCACCCUGCGAUUGAAGCCCGAGGGCUUCCUAAUAAAGAUGGACAAGGGGACUUUUGUCAAAUUUGAACAGAGACAGUAA